AUGGACAUUCUACUUAGUCCAAAGAAGCUCAUCAAACUGACCAGGAACUUCCAGAAGCUACCAGUUAUUGGGAGAAGGAAAACUUCAUACCAAAGAGCAGCUGUCGACGGUAACAGGAUGAAUACUAGUACUGCAGAUAAAGGCACGUUCGUUAUCUACACCCUUGACAAGAGGCGCUUUGUGCUUCCCUUGUCCUAUCUUUCUAACUACAUUUUCCAAGAGCUAUUCAAGAUGUCUGAAGAAGAAUUUGGAAUAUCGAGUAGUGAUCCAAUUGUUAUCCCAUGCGAUUCACGCCUCAUGGACUACAUAGUCUCACUAGUGAAGCUUGGAAUGAGUGUAGAGUUGGAGAAAGCUUUACUCAACUCUAUCUUUAGAAGUAGUUUGAAAAUACCAGAUAGAACAAUAUGUUGA